CGGGUCGACCCCCCUUUGUUGCCUGACCGCGCCUUCUUGGCCUGCACUGUACGCACCACUGCCCAGCCCUCCCAGCCCCGUCAGCCCGCACGCCAGCCAGCGGAUCGAUCAGCGCAUCAUCCAACAACCCCUCACUACCCACACCACCACCACACGUCCGCCGUGACAACUCCUUCCUUUCUACAACUCUCUCACUUUCCUAUUAAACUCUUUCCAUCCUUCCUCAAACUCUCUUGCGACCCCAACUCUCUCUCUCAAGUGUCACCCAUCCACAGCCUCGCUACUCGUAGCAUCCACUUUCAACACACACCCCAAAACACACUCAACCCACACACCUACAAUGUCUGCUGAGAAGAAGGACUCUGUCGUCCUCGUCACUUCCGACGACGAGACGUUCACCGUCGAGAAGAAGGUUGCCGAGCGUUCCAACCUCAUCAAGAGCAUGAUCGAGGACCUCCCCUCGAGCGACGAGUCGAUCCCCCUCCCCAACGUUUCGUCGUCAGUCCUCGUCAAGGUCCUCGAGUACUGCGACCACCACAAGAACGAGCCCCUCCCCGCGGCCGACUCGAACGACGCCGACGACGCCCGUCGCAAGGCCAGCGAGAUUGGCGAGUGGGACGCCAAGUUCAUCCAGGUUGACCAGGAGAUGCUCUUCGAGAUCAUCCUCGCUGCCAACUACCUCGACAUCAAGCCCCUCCUUGACGUUGGCUGCAAGACCGUUGCGAACAUGAUCAAGGGCAAGACGCCCGAGGAGAUCCGCAAGCUCUUCAACAUUGUCAACGACUUCACGCCCGAGGAGGAGGAGCAGAUCAGGAAGGAGAACGAGUGGGCCGAGGACCGCUAAACUCCUCACCCAAUAUCUGAGACUCGAUGGUCUGCAGAGAUGUGGUAGCUGGCCUAAGGCGUGAAGGCAUUGCAUGUAAAUUAUGAGCCUACAAGUGGUCGGGCAAGUCGGGAGCAGGCUGCAGGCACGACAUCCGGGUCCGAUGACCUCGGCUCGAGUCAACACCUCACGAUGAUGGUGAUUGAUACAUUACAAGUCUAUGGAGAGGGGCACGAUCAAGCAGCCACUGCUGGCUGCUCGUACUGGCCGAUAGCAGCGACCUUGUCUGCGGAUGCGCUCUGCUCGUCAAAGACGUAGCCGAGCCACUCCUGGGCGAGACGCCGGGCGAGCUCGAUGCCGAUGACGCGCUGGCCCAUGCAGAGCACCUGGGCGUUGUUUGAGAGGAUGGAGCGCUCGACUGAGAACGAGUCGUGGGCGGUGACGGCGCGGACGCCUGGGACCUUGUUUGCUGAAAUGGCGACUCCGAGGCCUGUGCCACAGAUGAGGAUGGCGCGGUCCGCCUCCCCGGCAGCAAUCUUGCGCGCGGCAGCGACCGCGACGUGGGGGUACGCCGUCUUGUCUGCGUCGGCGAGCACGCCGACGUCGAUGACGGCGCGCACGCGCGCGUCGCGCUCGAGGUCGGCCUUGAUGCUGUUCUUGUACGCCACGCCGGCUUCGUCGCAGCCCACGACGACGGUGUACGGUGGUGGGGCCAUGUUGGUGGUGUGGGUGAGUGAUGGGGGUGUCAAUGCAAGUGCAGCUGCAACAUCAACA